CUGAAACCUUACCCGUGCUUCGGUUAGAGGUGCUUCCCUCCUGGCAUCUCAAUGGCCGCUACUUCUGCCGAGGCUUUGGCUGUCUUCGGAAGCAAUGUUGUCAAGACUUUGCCUGACAAAAGUGAGAGUUGUUUCAUGUUGGUUCUUCAUUCGUAUCUGCCAUGUCAUCAGGCUAUGAGAAGCGCAAGAUUGCUGCCCAGGAGGUUGAACAGCUGAUUCGGAGCUACUACAGUCAACAGCAUCCUGGGAACACGGCGCACGAGAAGACCCGCGCUGCCCUGGAGUUGCUGGUUCGUGAGUAUCUGGAGAAUCCGCUGGGCAACUACAGGAAGGGGGGUCUGAUUGGCUUGGCGUCUGUGGCAAUAGGGCUUGAGGCAGCGAACAUACAAACACACCUGGGUGAGCUCAAGAUAUGACUAUUCACAGACUCGAAAGCACAAGGAUCGGUGGCGAUAGAUUUGCUGGUGCCGCCUAUACUCAAGUGCUUCUCUGACCCUGAGUCACGCGUACGUUACUACGCAUGCGAGGUAAACACGAGGCGAGUCGGCAGAGCCCCAUUUGAUUGUCUUGAGGGUGCAGUCACUGUACAACGUUGCCAAGGUUGCGCGUCACGAUGUCCUCAAGUACUUCAAUGACAUAUUUGAUGGGCUGUGCAAGGUAGGCGCGUGAGGGAAGAUGGGAACUAAAGCUGAAUCGCAGACAUGGACCCUCUGUCUGCAGCUUUUCGCCGACGUUGAUGUUGAGGUGAAGAAUGGCGCGCAGUACCUUGACAGGCUCAUCAAGGACAUAGUAACCGAGUGGUGAGAAUGGUCAAAGUACAGUGAUAUGCAUCUAUGUGUACCUUUGCGGCAUUCUGCCAGUCCUGCCUUCAAUGUUGCGGAGUUCAUCUCGCUGUUAUCGCAGCGAAUUCGUGUGCUGAAUCCGUACGUCAGGCAGCUUAUGGUACGUGUUUUGUGCACACCUACUGCAUGGCGUAUCUUCUGUGUUCUUACCAGUUGAGCUGGAUCACCAUCCUUGACUCCGUACCAGGUCGGUGGUCGCAAGCCUAUGUAGCCGUCUGAACUAUGUAUUGCUGUUUGCAGACGUGGAUAUGUUAUCGUAUCUCCCACAGUUUCUAGAGGGCCUUUUCAGCAUGCUCGCAGAUACAAACAGGUCUGCCACAUCUUCGAGUGCUGCUUGUUUCGCAUAGAUGCAGCCGAAAGCAUGUCUUGGCGAUGCAGGGAUAUUCGGCAUGGUGCGGACGCCUGCCUGUCCGAGUUCCUGAACGAAAUCAAGCAGUCGGGGCCCAAAGGUGUGUGAGCCGACUAAACUCGCAAGUGAAUGCACGAGCGCUGCGACCUUCAUGAUGAAUGAUCGAUCAGAGGCUGAGAGUGUUAUCGGUGAGGUGGCAAAGAUAGUUGUCAAGGGAUGCAAAGCUGCUGGUAGGAAAGAACAGUAGGACAUGCAGGAUCUUGCGGCAAUUCUGCUCGUUCGUGUAGAGAACUUCUGCCGUCUAACUGCAUUGGUGUGGCUCCAUGAUUUUGUCGAGAUGGGUGCCUCUAUUUCCCUGCAGCCUCUGUAUCCUGCUCUUCUCGAUGGAGUGUUGCAUUGCGUGGAUGAUAGCGAAGAAGGUGCGCAAAUAGAUAAGAUUGGCAAAUACCCCUACAGUCUCUCACUUGGACAGAGAUAAGUCGAAUUGCGGUUACGACACAUACCGCUCUGUUGAAUAUGGUCAAUAGUUCGGACUUCGCAUUCGCUGUGCCAGAGCUGGUAGGCCUUGAGCUUGACACCAGCGGAAUGUGAAAGACACACUUGACACUCGUCUGUCUGUAAUUCUCAGGUGACAGUCUUGCUUGACAAACUAAAGAAUGAAGGGGUGAGUGGAUUGUCGCGGACCAGAGAACUCAAUCGGACAGAGAACUCAAUCGGACAGGAACUCUUACCUUGUUUGUCUCGGCAGGUGACGGUCCGUGUAGCCUGCCUGCAGUGGGUGUGUAUGCUGCUGACGCGCAGGUACAUCACCUGACCCGCAUUGCUCCCUCGUAACUUUGGGCUCUCUGACGAUUUGCCUUCAGGCCAGGACAGAUGGCUCUGGUACUGGAGAUAUUGUUUGAUCCCAUCUUCGAGACGCUCAAGCAUCCUGAUAGCGAAGUUGUCGUCGCAGCACUGCAAGUCCUUGCGCAAAUAUCCCAACACGGUGAGAAAUGGGUCUCAUAAUGUACUCGGUAGUGACACGCGUUCUUGCGCCGAUUGACGUAGUUCAGGUGACUUUUUUGACCUGGUGUCCCAGAAGUUACUGCACCUCUUUGCAAAAGAUCGGAAAAUGCUCGUAAGCAAUGCAUGGACAUGGCAUCCUUAUAUAUAGUCGUUUGGCACACAUCGUUUUUCCCGUGCAGGAUCAGCGCGGCCGUCUGGUUAUUCGCCAACUGUGUACGUACCUAGAUGUCCAGCAGCUCUACACGACCAUUGCGAAGGCGCUUGAGCAAGAGCAGGUACUAAAGAUAGGAUCACACGCAAAGGACAGCCGAUAUAUGUGUGUGUCUUAAGGACUUGGAGUACUGUCACCAGCUGGUCCAGAUUUUCAAUUGGAUCCUUCUCACCGCCAAGGAAACCAAAGAGUUUCGAGAGAAGCUUCUUCAUGGUAACAAGCUCAAAAAGUCAACUCCUGGUGUGCAAUUCUAAGGGGCUUCAUCCCUUGCUUGGCCCGCAGCCGAUGAAUCCGAACUCUUUCGACGCCUUCUGGUGCCGUGGUGAGCAAGCUUUUCGUGAAGCUGAUCAGCAUUUCUCGCUCACAUUUUUCGUUUCGUCAGGUUUCACAACCCCGUAUCGACUCUUUCUCUCUGUCUAUGGGUAAGUGCGCGUACAAGGACGCACACACACACACACACACACACAUAUCGUAUUGUGGACGUGAGAAUCAGGUACAAGAGUACGACAUGGCUUUUGAACUUGUCCGACGGUUGUAAGCGCAAAGUCAAUUUGCCAUACGGGUAUCCAAAGAAUCUCCCUUGACUGGCGAUGCAGUGCCACUUUCGAGCCAUCUGUAGAGUUUCUCGUCCAACUUGAUCAGUUGGUACACCUAAUGGAGUCACCCAUCUUCGCACGUACGAGCCAAAUACAACCAACAAGCGGGUGUUUAAUGUGAUCGUCCUGUGCAGGAAUGCGUCUUCAUCUCCUCGACCCGAGAUCACACCAUACCCUGCUAAAAGCUCUCAUGGGUAAAGGAGCUGCUCGUUCUACUCUGCUCGACGACCUGUUCACCCUAUUGUGUUCAGGUCUUGCCAUGUUGAUGCCUCAGGCCUCAGCUUUCCAGAUCCUUCACCAUCGACUGCAGAUUGUGCAAACAGGUGACAUAUGGGCCUAAGUACCACACACUGUGCUCCCUUGCCCAUCUUCUGUCAGGACUCCUCAGCGAAGGUCUUCAGAAGCCUGGUGUGGCUUCUCCUGGCACUCUGAAGGCGGAACUGUCCGGCCUUCUGCAGAAAUUCGAUGAAGUCACUUUGAGACAUGUUAGGUACAAGAUCGUUGAAAAUGCAAUACACUCUGAUGCCAUGACAUGAUGUCACUUUGACAAGCUUCACUUAUGACAUGAUGUCACUUAGAGACAUUUGCCAGCGGUGGCCAAGCUGGCAAAUGGCAAGCAUUUCACUCUGCCAAAUUUUUCACUGUUCUGUC